AAUCAGGAACUCAAGGAAUCAGGAAGUGAGGAAUUCAGGGAUUCAUGGAAUCAUGGAAUCAAGGAUCAAGGACCAGGGAUCAAGGGAUUCAAGGAAUGUCAAAGACGCAUCUCAAGCAUUCAUUCAAUAGGACCAAAGGUAGAAAAAAUAGAUUUAAUUUUUCCAAUCGAUCGUGAUAAGGGUAGGCAAGCGGCAAAUUUGAGAAACAGCGCAACAUGUUAAACGUCUGAAAACGUAAUUUUAUGAAUCACUGAACUGGCCGGUUGUUGUUAUUGUCAGUUAUAACACAAAGUAAAAUUUGAAAUAACUAAUUUAGGGCUCUGAAAAAAUCAAUUCUCUAAACAAAACUGACAAAUUUGACUGACGAGGUACCAAGGUACCAACAGAUAUGAUGGUGGCAAGCGAAGAAAAGACCACUUAAAUUUACCCUCGUAACAUCUAAUAGCUGCACGACUAAAUUGACGGACGACUUAUAACAUCGCGCCCUGACUUACCAAGUCGACAGCCAAACGACCUGACAUUACUAGUACUGUUCAUGUGACCUUCCCUCACAGAGUUCUCAAAAUAUCAAUCAUGCACUGCCACUAACAGUCAUCGUUUAAGGCUACACUCACCAGAGGAUCAUUUUCAACCAACUUAUGACUCCCAGGCUCAAACUUUUAAUUAUGUUACGUUCACUUGCACGGCUAAAGAAAUGACUUGCUGAAGACAACCUUGUUCGAACGACUACUCUAGUUCAAUUACUACUGCAAAGGUGUCUGUUUCAUAGACACAACGGAUGGAAUUAGAGUUCAGUCACCGACAAAGACAGUUCGUCAAAACCACGCGACCUACAAACGAUUGACUGGAGUGCACUGUAUCGCCGGAAUAUCGCACAUAACUCGGAAGACAACUUCAACGACAAAUUGCACCAAGAGCAUAGAAAAACUUGAAUGGUUUCAACCGAUUAUUAUUAGCAAACACACUAAGAAUACAGUUUCGAAGAAGACAGUAUUUUCAAACAGAGGAAGAAGAAGAAGAAAAAGACAGUAUUUCAAACUCAUUUGAAACUGCGAUUAGAAUAUAC